GCAGUCCACUCAGACCGAUGGGCGAUGGCGAGGAAGGGGGAAGGAAAAUAUCAAAAGGAAUCUCCCAAGUCCAAACAGACCCCAUCGCCCGCCGCACGUCACGACAUGCCCUUCUCCCUGCUAGUGCUGCCACCGCUCCCGCUGAAAAAGAUUAUUAGUUUUUCAUUUCUAUUUUUAAUAAUUGAACCUCUUCUGCCGGUUCUUCUCCCUCCUUGAGUACUACUUCCUGGCAAUUUAUCUUCUCCAACAAGGUCCGACAUCAACAAGUGAUUGCUCGCGGCCCCGCAAGCGAGAGAGAACUUUUCAACCCAAACAAACAGUCCAAUCCAAUUCCUAGGGCAAUCCGGUGAACGUGUGCGUGUGUAUAUACAUACACACGGCCGCCGCCGCCGCAGGCCUCGCUCCUACCGCCACCGGACUCCCCUUUCGCGUCCGCUUCUCUUGUUGUUGCUGUGCUCUCCUGUUACCGGGACCCGGAGGAAGGCAGGAAGGAAGGAAGGAAGGAAGGCGGGGAUGGCGGAGGAGACGGUGCGGGAGCUGCGCGCGAGCUUCGCGGCGGGGCAGACGCGCCCGGCCGAGUGGCGGGCGGCGCAGCUCAAGGGGCUCAUCCGGAUGAUCGACGAGAAGGAAGCCGAGAUCAGCGCCGCGCUCCACGAGGACCUCGCCAAGCCGCAUAUGGAGUCCUUCCUCCACGAGAUAUCACUUACAAAGUCGUCGUGCAAGUUUGCGCUCAAGGGGCUCAAGAACUGGAUGAAGCCCGAGAAGGUACCUGCGGCCAUAACUACAUUCCCGUCCUCCGCCCAAAUCGUGCCGGAGCCCCUCGGCGUCGUGCUCAUCAUCUCAGCCUGGAACUACCCUUUCAUACUCUCUAUCGACCCAGUCAUUGGAGCAAUCGCUGCUGGAAAUGCUGUUGUUCUGAAGCCAUCAGAAAUAGCGCCAGCUACCUCGUCACUGUUAGCAAAGCUGCUACCCGAGUAUGUUGACAACUCCUGUAUUAAAGUUGUGGAGGGAAGCGUUCCAGAAACAACCGCACUCUUGGAACAGAGAUGGGAUAAGAUCUUCUACACAGGUAAUGGAACUGUAGGACGUAUAGUGAUGGCAGCAGCCGCAAAGCAUCUGACCCCGGUAGCUCUGGAGCUUGGUGGGAAAUCCCCUGUUAUCGUGGAUUCAAAUGUUGAUCUCCAUGUUGCUGCUAAGAGGAUUGUUGUUGGCAAAUGGGGAUGCAACAACGGCCAAGCAUGCAUUGCUCCAGAUUACAUCAUAACGACAAAAUCAUUUGCACCGGAGCUGGUGGCCUCUUUCAAAAGAGUUUUGGAAAGGUUCUAUGGGGAGGAUCCUCUGGAAUCAGCAGACUUGUCUCGUAUUGUGAAUUCGAAGCAGUUCAAAAGAUUGACAAAUUUGAUAGAAGAAAAAAGAGUUGCUGACAAGAUUGUGUACGGCGGCAAGGCUGAUGAGAAGCAACUAAAAAUUUCUCCUACACUAUUGUUAGAUGUUCCUGAAGAUUCAGAAAUUAUGACAGGCGAAAUAUUUGGGCCCUUGCUUCCUAUUGUGACGGUCGAAAAGAUUGAGGAAAGCUUCGACUUGAUCAAUGCCAAGCCUAAGCCACUAGCCGCCUACCUUUUCACCAAGAAUAGGAAGCUGCAAGAGGAGUUUGUGGCAAGCGUCCCUGCAGGAGGGAUGCUUGUAAACGACACUGCGCUACAUCUCACCAACCCGUACAUGCCCUUCGGCGGCGUCGGCGACAGCGGGAUGGGGUGCUACCACGGCAAGUUCGGCUUCGACUGCUUCAGCCACAAGAAGGGAGUCCUGAUCCGCGGCUUUGGCGGGGAGGCGAACGCCAGGUACCCGCCCUACACGACGGAGAAGCAGAAGAUCCUGAGGGGCCUCAUCAACGGCAGCUUCAUCGCCCUCAUCCUUGCCCUCCUGGGCUUCCCCAGGGAGAAGCGUUAGAUGCUCCGGCCUCUUGUCGGUUUCGGUACAGCCUUUUUAGUCCCUGUUCGUCGUCAGGUGCACAGUAUACACCGUCAUAUUCUGUCAAAUAGAUGCAAUGCAACGACUGCGCGCCGUGCUUGUGUUGCAAGCGUGGAUAAUGCAUAUAUAUUGUAGCAUUGACAUGAUGUGCGUUAUUGCAUUACGUAAGGGAGUUGGAUAAAUAAGUGUGAUUUGUUUGUCAAUUAUUCAGUGUUGAGAAUGGAUGAUACUUGCAUACAGUUUA